AUGCAGAUCAAAACUGAGGGAGUACCAGCCGGCAGAGAGAAUCAACUUCGGACCGAGCGCCGCUUCGGAGAGUCAAUCGAACAUAGUCAAGAAUCAGUGACUGUCGAUCAUCCAUCGAGCAGCCAUCGAGCAGCCAUCGAGCAGCCAUCGAGCAGCCAUCGAGCAGCCAUCGAGCAGCCUGCACAGUCGCGUACUCUCCACCAAGCAACCUUCCAGGCGAAUGAAGUCAGUACACCGUCCUCGCAUGCUUUUUGCCUACCCUGCCUCAUUUACUUCGAUUUCAGAUUGGCGAGAAAGAACAAGGAUGUGCGGCGCUCAAUCACGCUGAAAGGCCUUGCUGCAGACUUUGACGAUCUCAAGCGUGAGGUACAAGGUCUCAAGAACAUGCUUGUCUCUUCCCACCCCGGACCGAAUGAACAGUAUCAGAAACAGCGCGUCUCUUUCGAAGACCCUGUCAGCCAAAUGAUUUACAAAUGA